UAGCUCAACAUUCAAAGUAGUAACUAUCGCUGGUGCCACUGGUCUUUUAGGAUUCAAUAUAGCAGAUGCUUUUUUGAAUGAUGGUUCUUAUAAAAUUAAGAUUCUUCGACAGAAACCAGAGUCCGAAAAUAAGAAUGCCAGUUUGUUGGCUUCCAAAGGUGCUGAAAUUAUUUAUGUAGACUACAAUGACAAGAAUGAUCUUGUUAAAGCCCUUAAAGGAACAGAUGUCGUUAUCUGUGCUAUAGGUGGCCACGAAUUUAUCCCUCCUCAACGUGCUCUUUUGGUUGCUGCGAAAGAAGUUGGUGUAAAGAGAUUCAUCCCAUCUGAAUUUGGUGCUGACAUUUACGCGAUAAC